CAAAAAAAGAGUGUGGCAUUAUCGGAUCAUCUGGUCCAUCAUCAUCCACUUCCUCUCGCAAUUGGGGUCUGCUCUUCUCUCUCGGUAACUUUCUGGGAAAAAAACCCUAAUUCUUAUCCGUUCGGAGCUUCAUUGUAAAAGUUGUUGAAUUUACAAAGAAAUAUGCUGGCUUGUCUGGGUAUCGUUGAAGAAUCUGUCUUGCUGCCAUGAAUUACAUUCCGAACAAUGUUGGGUUUGAUUCAUGUCCUUGAUGAGCUCGUCAAUGGUCUUAUGCCACUGCUUAUCAUUCAAUAGCAAAAACUCAGUUCCUGAAUCAUCUUCUUCAUCAACAUCCUCUCUCGGUUAUAAUCCCUGUCACUCGAUUUCGUUGCGGGGUAAGAGAAGAAAAGAGCUUUGGAGAUUUGUUCCCAGUGCGGAGAAGAAGAACAGUCACACGGGUAAUAAGAGGAGAAGAAGUUGGUGGCAAAGGUUUUUCUUUGAUGACGAUGGGGAUUGGCUUGGUUUGAGGGACGAAGAAAUUAUUGAUGAGACAUCUGAGCUUGAAAAGGAUGAUGAGAUGUCUGAUGAAGAGAAAUUCGAGACUUGGAAGAGACGAGCAGAGGCCAUUGUGGAGAUACGGGAAGGUCGGGAGGAGAUUGGGGAUAAAUAUGAUGAUGAUGAUGUGAGCAAGAAAUGGGAGGAUUGGAUUGUGGAUUCUGAUGAUAGCUUAGUUGAAUCUUGGACCCGAGACUCUGCUGGAAGCAAAGAGGGAAGUAAGAACGAAUCAGAGCUCGAUGAAUUUGCGAUUCCAGAGAGAGGGUUGGUUAAAAUGGUGAGGGAUAUGGUUUUAGGAGCAGAAGAGGAAGAUAUUCUAUAUGAAGACCGUGUUUUUCGUUAUGCAUCUUCGAAAUCGGCAAAAUUUUUGGCGGUAUUGAUCCUCAUACCAUGGGCAUUGGACUUUUUAGCCCAUGACUAUGUACUCAUGCCCUUUCUAGACAGAUAUGUGAAGACCGUACCACUUGCUGCCCAGACGCUUGAUGUGAGACGUAGUCAGAAGCUAGAAAUGGUUAAAGAACUGAAUAGAGAAAAAGCUAGGUACCGUCUUGAAGUCGAGAUUGGCAAAUCUCCUCCUCUUUCUGAUGAUGAUUUAUGGUGGGAGUUGCGGGGUAAAGCCUUGGAGCUGCGAGAGGAGUGGAGAUUAGAGAACCGGAAAGCAUUUGCCAACAUAUGGUCUGAUAUGGUGUUUGGGAUUUCGUUGUUCGUUCUUUUGUACGCCAAUCAGGGUAAAGUAGCCUUGUUGAAAUUUACAGGAUAUAAAAUCAUAAACAACAUUUCAGACACGGGGAAAGCAUUUCUCAUCAUCCUUAUCACCGACAUUUUCUUGGGGUACCAUUCUGAAUCUGGAUGGGAGACAUUGUUAGAGAUAAUAAUGGAGCAUUACGGUCUUGAAGUUGAGCAAGCUACUGUAACCAUUUUUAUCUGCCUCGUUCCCGUUGUUAUCGAUGCUUGUGUUAAGCUCUGGCUGUUUAAGUUCCUUCCAAGAUUGUCUCCGAGAGUUUCCAACAUUUUCCAGGAGAUGAAACGUCAUUAAGUAGUUUCCAACAUUACAACCCUCGACUUGAGCUCUGUGUUUCUAUCACACAAACUAUUCUUCAGCUGUAUUUACUUUCAUAUAGACACAUAAGAGAAACAUAGGCUAUUUUUGUCAUUCAUCUUGAUUUUUUAUUUUGGUUGAAUUUUUGGUGAAAGAAUUGAGAGAUCAUAAUCUGUUCUUUCACAACAGUACUUAG